AAAGACGUAGUUGCUGAAUAGUGGUCCUCUUGGCAAACGCUUCACACGGUGAACGAUCAGUUUUUGGUAGGACGCGUCUCUUCGCAGAUCGGUGAUCAGAAGACGCUUACGGAUAGCGAAUCGUAUCUAAACUUUCUCAAUUUUGAGAGAAAUACAUCAAGUACACAAUAAUCACAAAGUUCUCUCAUCUCUAAACUUGUGAAAUUAAUCCGCAAAGUUUCGAUUGCUUGUUAAAGAAUUUUCGAUUACUACGUAACGUAAACUACCAACAUGGCUAGUCUCAUACGACAUUUAGUAAGCAAUUAUAAUGAAGUUUUGGAAAACGUUAAAGAUCCCUUGGUCGACACGUGGCCCUUAAUGGGGUCUCCAGGCCCUAUGUUGUGUAUCGUCGGCACAUAUUUAAUAUUUGUAUUAAAAGCUGGACCUAAAAUGAUGGAAAAAAGGCCAGCUUUUCAGCUAAAUACCGUUAUGAUUUUGUACAAUGCGUUUCAAGUACUCUUUAGUAUCUGGUUAACAUCUUUGGCAUUAGAAGUUGAUAUUCGACAGUUAUUUUCUUCCCACGGAUGUAAUAAUGUCAAUCAUUUACCGCCUUCGCCACAAAAAAAAAAUCUACAAUCAGCGCUGUCGCGAGGUGCGUGGUGGUAUUUCUUUGCAAAAAUCAUCGAGCUUCUAGAUACGGUAUUUUUCGUGUUGAGAAAGAAACAAAAUCAAGUGACUUUCCUUCAUGUUUAUCACCACACAGUAACGGCCGUUUUUUCAUGGUGCUACUUGAAAUUGCUGCCUGGCGAACAAGGUGUCGUAGUGGGUUUUUUGAAUUCCAUGGUUCACAUUAUUAUGUACAGUUAUUAUUUCAUCGCCGCGCUUGGCUCCAAAUAUAGAAAGUACCUCUGGUGGAAGAAAUAUAUGACCUGGAUUCAACUGUUGCAGUUUGGAAUAAUGUUAUUCUACCUAAUAUUAACGUUGGCUCUGGACUGCCGAAUGCCGAAGGCUCUAACUUAUUUCUUCGUAACAAAUGUGGUAAUAUUCAUCUACCUGUUUAGCGAUUUCUAUCGAAAGGCUUAUAAGACAAAAACGGCUUGAUAAAGACUGAUUUCGCAAAAAUUCAAUAAAUAUAAAUAAAUUCAAUUGAGUCAACUUAUGAUUAAAUUUUUAAAUAAAUGUAUUUUAAGUAAGUAAUUUUUAAUAAUUUUAAAUAAGUAAAUAAAAAUGAAAAAUAGAAAUAAUAAAGGAAACACAACAAGAAGAUAACCCAUCGCGCAGCAGUAGUCUUUUAAUUGUUAACAAUUUUUACAAUAAAAAUAAAAUAACGUAAAAAAUCUGUACAUAGAAAUAUUUAUAAGAUAAACGAUACGUUUUUAUGCUUUACAAAACACGUGUUUACUUGAAUUCUUAUUUUUCAUUAUAUUUACAUGUAUUUUAAACAUUUUU